AUGGCCAGGUCGAAGUCGCCACUUUCCAACUCACUCCCCCCUCUCGUCUUCGGUACCGCCACCUUCAAUUAUCAGUAUAAUGUUGAUCCAUACGCAUUGGGUCCCACAUCUCUUGUCCAGAAGGCCCUCGCCCAGGGAGUCCAUGCUUUUGACACCUCCCCUUACUAUGGACCGGCCGAAGAGAUCCUCGGCACUGCUCUGGAUACCGACCUAGUCCGACAACACUAUCCGCGGAAUCAGUACUUCAUUCUUACAAAGGUCGGCCGCGUUGCCGGUGAUGUCUUCGAUUAUUCCCCAUCUUGGGUACGACAGAGCGUUCAAAGAAGUUGUAAACGUCUGAGGACCAACUACCUCGACGUGGUCUACUGCCACGAUUGCGAGUUUGUUUCGCCCGAGGAGGUCCUCUGUGCCGUAAGAGAGCUCCGCCGUAUUCGGGACGAAGAAGGCACUGUCCAUCAUGUCGGUAUCUCCGGUUAUCCUGUGCUGGUUCUUUGCGAGCUGGCUGAAAUGAUUCUGCGAGAGACUGGAGAACCGCUGGAUAUUGUUCAGUCGUACGCGAACUUUACCCUUCAGAAUACUCGACUGCUUUCGGAAGGACUGCAGCGUCUCGUGAACGCCGGCGUGGAUGUUGUGACAAAUGCUAGUCCUCUUGGUAUGGGUUUGUUGAGAUCGACCGGCCCCCCUGUGGGAGCCAUGGGCAACUGGCACCCUGCCCCGGAUGGCCUCCGACAAGCUUGCAUCAAUGCUGCAAAGUGGACGGAGGCCAGAGGAGAAAAGCUCGAAGUCGUUGCAGUCAGAUUUGCGCUUGAAAACUGGCUUCGCGAGGGUGCCAAGGUGGGUUCUUUGGGUAGCCCACUAGGAAUCGCCGACGCGUCGUACGACCACACUUCCAACCUGCCUCGGGAGAGAGUAGGCGUCAGUGUCAUGGGUGUGAGCAGGGUCGAAGAGCUUGACGAGACGAUGCGAGUGUGGAGAAGCGUUCUCGAUGGGCUCUCCGACGAUCUCGAUGCCGAACCUGGGACCAUUACCCCCUCCAACUCGGUCACUGACCAUGAGUGGUCUCUAGCACGCCGGCAGACCAUUCGUGAGCUCGCCAAAGGGAUUCGAGCGGUCAUCGGCUCUCAGUGGGUUGACUAUGCGUGGGAGUCCCCUGAUGCAGGUUUUAUCAAUCGAAGGAAAGAGAAGGACGAUGUUGUGGCACAGGAGGUAGAAGUGUCAGCUGGCCCCCGUUCAACGAUGCUCACACCACCCUCUGAAGCAGACGACAAUGGAGUACCAACGGACGUACCCUCUUUGUGCUCUGAAGCAUGA